GAUUUGACGAUGCGAGUAACUCACGAAACGAGGGAUGAUAUAGCACCGGUAUAAGCCGUUCUAAAAUUGAAGUUACUUGCAGUCAAUACAGAAAAUCAAAAAUACUCGUCAAUUCUAAAACAAGGUUCUGUACACCAGGACUUUGUCCGGUACCUUUUUGGGCCAGAAGCAAGGAAUUCGUCAUAAAAGAGAUCAAUUUUAAUUGGAAUAAACCCAACAGACUCUGACGGGAUACAGGGUUAGUGGUGUGUCAAACUAAACGGAUUCAUCAGGAGACCUGGACACUAUGAUUGAAUUUCUCGUGAACUACUUUACGUGCAUAAAACCAAUAUCAAGUGGUUCUGAUCACCUUAUAAUUAACCAAAGACGCUUCAACUCCUUAUCUUCUGAACAGACGAGGAAAGCAAACAGCAUUCAGUGGUCAGCUUUGGCUGAAGGUCGUUUGAGAACUGCUUCAUCCAUUGGAGAUCGAUGUCGUCUACCAUUGGCCAUUGUCACUGCGACUGCACGGAGGACAUGCUCAUAUUUUCGGAAUACAUGGAUCUCUUCACAGGCAGGUGCCAGUUGUGUGAUAAAAUCUCAAUAGAUUAUCCUUGGUCACUGACUAUGCUCCAGGCGACAUUCUAAGUCUUGAAAUACAUUAAUAUACCUGGACACCGACUAGGAUCAAAGGAUUCUUCAAACAUCAAACGAUACACCUGAACCUAUUCAGCUGUACAUAUUAUCAUGCCCAUGGCUGUGACUAACGAAUCCCUCCAUGUUUCGGGCAAGUAUAUAUCCAAUUAUUCUUUACACCGGAACAAGGCAACGGUACCGAAUGAUGACAUGGUUGACGAGGCAACAUCGGAAUUUAUUAUCAAUAUUUCUAGCUGUGGCCUUGUUCCCGUCAUCACCAUAUUGGGAAUAAUAGGCAACAUCAUGAGUUUUGUUGUGUUUCUGAGGCAGAAGAAACGGGACAGGACGAGAGUGGUGCUCAUUAGCUUGGCUAUAUCAGAUACCAUGUAUCUGUUGAUUACAUUUGUUCGAAAGAUGUCCUGCGUUGUAUCCAUGUUUGAUGAGGUAAUUGGAAAGAACUGGGGUGUGUUUAUGGUGCCACAGUGGUAUAUCAUUGGAAUAACGUUUGCAAGAGUCACCAGUGUCCUUACCAUGGUGAUUGCCAUUGAAAGAUGUUUUGCCGUACUUUUCCCUUUAAAGGUGAGAGCUGUGGUGACACGUGCGCGCGCACUGAAGCUUGUCAUAGCAAUAUUCAUCAUGGUGUCAGUUGCAAUGUUUCCUUUAACUCUUUGUUCCUAUACCAGAUGGACUCUAGAUCCGGUGCAGAACAGAUCUGUUUUGUACGUGACAUGGACAGACUUUUAUAUCAAGAACGAAGGUGUAAUGGAAAACUAUAUAAACAUUGCCCUGGCAACCUUGCUGAGGAUAACCCCAUGCAUUGUGGUGCUGUUCUGCACCACAGCUGUUCUAGCAUCCCUCAAAAGAGGUCAAAAGUUUCGCAAACAAUCCUCAAAUAUGGCAAAGUCUGGUAUUCUCAUGGAGGAAAGGCGUGUGACCGUCAUGCUUCUAGCCGUGACGUCAGUCUACGUCAUCUGCCUUGUUCCAGGGUCAGUCUUAGUACUGAUGAGGAGAUUUGUCCCAUCUUUCUCUCGAAAUGGAAGAUACAACAACAUGUUUUUGUUGCUUAGCAACAUGAACAUUGUGCUCGAGUGUUUGAAUUCUGCCUUAAACUUUGUUAUUUACAUGAAAACCAACAGACGCUUCAACAUUGCCUUCAAGAAAAUGUUUUGCAGCUCCUGUAAUGAAAAAACCUUAAGAAAUGAAUUACAUUUAUUAUCCAACGGUACGUCAGCGACUAGUUACCUCGAUUAAAGCGAGUUGUCUCCCAUGGGUCAUUGUCUGUACCAUAUGUUUGCACACAGUAGCGCCAUUUCAGCUCACAGUUACUACCUUCCGUGACCUUUACACGUGUGAACAACAGAAUAUUAUUUCCCUGAGAGUUUUGUUUACAACAUAAUAUUUUCAGCCAGAGCUUAAAAACAUACAUAUAUUUUUCUGGGGACCUACAGCACAUUGUUUUUUACGUUAUUAUAGCUAAUAUGUUCCAGGGGACGAUGUAUUAUAUUUUGAAAAAACCCGAGGUCAAAUUAUAUUUUACCCGCAUUUACAUUAAGUGUUGUUGAAAAGGAAGGAUGUGUUUCCCACAUACUUCCAUAAUACGACCUUAGAAAUAGAUAGCUAUCUAUAGGACGAUAUUUAUUGUACCAACAUGUUAACGAACAUAUGAGUGUUGUUUGUGAACGUAGUGUUAAGAUAAUGUUUUUCAUGAUUUAUUUU